CUCGGCAGGAUAUGAAAUUUUAUUGAUAUUUAUCUUAUCCUUGUUAUGCGCUUUUAAAAUGUACAAUCCUUAUCGAUUACAAAAAUAAUUAAGAAUUAUUAGAUGCGAUUACAAAUUUUAUAUCUGCCAAAUUUCGUCAUAUAUACACGUAGUUAAAACUUUUGCGAAUGUAAUAAACAUGAUAAAAUCAUAACGAUGGAGGACAAAUCUUUGCGAGAUGCUUCAAUUAUGUACGAUAAACAAUUCAAUGAAAAUAUGAAAAUAGCCAAAUAUUUCUUAAAGCAAUUACAUGACAAACAAGAGGUUCAACUAGCUAGAAAAUGGCUUAGUCGUGUUAAUGAUAUCAAGUCAUCAUCCUUAGAAGUAAAAAGAGAUCGUAAUGCUUUUUUGUGUUAUCUGCUCAAGGUUUUGAGAGAAGCAAUUUUAAAACAUCGUUGCGAACACAAAUCUAGUACCAUUUCAAACUCUGAGAAUACUUUAAACUUAUGUUAUAUUGCUAAUCAAGAUUCAAAACUAUCUAUGAAAGGACUAUCAACAUAUGCUCCACAAACUUCAAAUAUUCCUUAUCAUUCGAAAUGGUCGAAAAAUCAUCGUACAUAUGUUGCUGUUAAACCAUUACCCGGAAGAGGGGCAUUAAUAUACAUGGCUGUAUCUAAAAGACCAGGACUUGAAAAUUGGGAUUUAGGUAAUAUUAAUAAAUAUACGCAAUAAUUGACAAUGAUAUAUUUCUUUUUGAAUUUCAAUUGAAACACAACUAUCAAGAUUAUAAAUAAAAUAGAUCUUUAGAAAA